AUGGCGUCUUCAGGGUCUCCGCGGCUCUGCAGCAUCUCCGCGGCUUCGGCCGUCUUUCUCGGCUUAUUGGGCUUAAUGAACUCGGGCAGCUGCGACGAACAGGUCCCGCUGAUCCUGUGGACCAGCGAGGGGACCUCCGUACCGUGGCAGUCUCCCCCCACGGCAGGUCACAUCGUGGGGCAGCAGCAGCUGGCCUCCUACCUGGACAAAGCUCUGGAUGUGGGUCCCAGAAACGUGGUGCUGUUCCUGCAGGACAAGAUGAGCAUCGAGGACUUCACCAUGUACGGGGGAGCCUUCGGAAACAAGCAGGACAGCGUUUUUCCAAACCUCGAGGGAGCGCUGACGUCCUCGUCCUCCCCUCUGGUGCUGCCUGCCGUGUCCUGGCCCGCCUCCAACGCUGUGAUUGGUCAGCUGCAGGACCAGCUGGAGACGUCCCCGCUGUACAUGGACCCCGAGACGCUGAGCCAGCUCCGGCUCAACGCCUCCUCGCCGGCGCUGCUGGUGUUCCGGCUGCCGUACGGCAUCGGAGCCGAUCUGAUGUCUGCCAAAGAGGUUCUCAGUGGAAAUGACGAGGUGAUCGGUCAGGUGCUGAGCAUCAUGAGGUCCCAGGCAGUCCCGUACACGGCCAUCUACACGGCCCUGCGGCCCUCCAGGGAGGCGGCGUCUCUGUCCAUGGAGGCCGGUCUGGGCGGCGGCCGGUCUCUGCUGCAGGCCAGAGGAGGCUACCGGGAGAGGGAGAGGGAGCGGGAGAGGCAGCGCAAGAUGAAGGAGAGGACCAACACCUACGCUCCUGUCGAGUUCAAGGAGGGGGACAGCACCUGCAUCCUGCUGUGGGCUAAAGGCCUGUCGGUCAGCUUCCUCCGGGAACGCACGUGGGAGGAGAAGGACCUGACCUCGUCCACCUUCGGAGACUCGGCCAGCGUCAAGCUGCACGGGUCGAGCUGCGACAAAACCAAAGCCAGGCUGGUUCUGAACUACGAGAAAGUCCACGACUGCAGCAACUUCAAAGUGUUGUUUGUUAUGAGCCAGCGUUACUACAAGGUGUCGUCCCGCCGCUGGUUCACGCUGGACGCCGUUGAGCUCGAGUGCAACGGCACCAAAGCCACGUUCAACGGCAGCAGGAACAUCUACGCUCCGGCCGAGUACUCGUACCGCUGUGAGUCCGUCACCAACUUCCGUUGGCCACUGCUCAUCCCACGAUCGUCCAAAGACCCAGCCAUCCAGUGGAGGGUCUCCUUCACAGACUUCCAGAUCCAGGGCUUCAACGUGAGCGGCAGUGAGUUCUCGUACGCCAGCGACUGCGCCGGCUUCUUCUCUCCGGGGAUCUGGAUGGGCCUGAUGACCAGCCUGCUCAUGGUCCUGGUCCUGACCUACGGCCUGCACAUGAUCAUGCAGCUGCGCACCAUGGACCGCUUCGACGACCCCAAAGGCCCGGCUAUCUCGGUGCCCCAGACGGAGUGACCCGUCCUCGCUUCACGACCCGCCUGCUGUUCAUCUGUGGUUGGGCAUCGCGAUUAGAGGUGUCGUCAUGACGAUAAGGGAUAAAUGUCAGUUUGUAGUUUUCAGGUGGCCCCAGUUUGUCCUCUCAUCUGUUAGCGUUUCAUUUAAACCUUUACGGCUGUUCUGAAGGCCUUUCCAAAGAAAUCCAAAAUAACCUGCAUCAGAGAUCAGCUGUAGUACCUGGUUGUUCCACCAGGUGGAGCCACUUUCUCAUUGUGGGAGUUAAGCAGCAACGGGACGAUGACAAAGUCUUCUGUGGAGGUUAAUGACCUCCAACCAGAGCUCAGGAGGUCAGUACUCACUGAUCUUGACUUGUGUUUUUACCCUUUUCAACACCCCAGCCCGCUGUACCGGUCUGCGGCUUUCACCCCGUGGGCUCCGGUGUACGCCGACUUCCUGUUACAGUCAUUUUGAUUGUCUAUCAGUGGGAAUCCCAGCAUGUGAACAAGUGAUUCAGUGAUGAAAUGAAUUAUGCAAAUGAUAAUAAUAAUAAUAUUACGCUGCUGCCUGUAAAAAAUUACGCUGCAAAUUGGGCCGUUGCUUUGUUUUCGAGGGUACUUAACGGGAAAAUAUUUAACAACAAACACCGAUGGAGUUUCACUGCCGUCGUCUUUACUGCUGACGCUGCUGUUCGCUAGCGUAUUCAGCGCUAACCAUUAGCAGCAUUCGCUAUGACGACGACUCCUCCCUCCCCCAGUACGCUGUAAAAAAAAACUCCUGGCGAGGACUGUGGUAUGUCGGCAUAUAUCUCUGGUAAUUGUGAACUUUGCCUUUGCACACCUGGAUGUAUAUGACAAGAGUAAACUUCCAGAUAUAUUUACCGUCAACUCGUCUACUUUUGGUCGAUACCAGAUAUGUAAUGAUGUGAAGUCUAUUGAAGAGUUUAUUCAUUAAAACCAUAUCUAGGGGGUUGAAUGUUGACGGUGGGGAUACUGAUGAAGAAAACUCGGUUCAUGUCGGUACCGAUCAGUUGAAAAAUGAAAGUUAUACUUCUCACUAUCAAAUAGAAUCACGUUUUUCAUGUUGUUAUUUUGCAGCGAAGCAUAUUUUCCGCCUAUGCAGACGUGGAGAUGCCUUCAGAACAUCUGUAAAUGUUCUAAAUCACCCUCUGAGUUUUUGAAGCGAUGCUACCUGGUCAGGUUUCAGGCGGAUCGACGUGUAACAUAAAAGGAACGUGUACAGACAGGGACAGAUAUAUCUUGUGAAAAGUGAGUUAUGAGAUGGUAUUUAUUGGUGAAACUGCUGUAACUGAACAUGUCUGUGUUUACGUGUGUGUGUGACUAGAUAAUGAGAUGUAGCUGUUGGAUGAAGGGAACACACCUUGUUUAUGGACGACAGGUGAAUCACGUCCAUGACAUUCCAUCGAGACCUUUGUUAUCCGCACUUUUGGUUUUCUUUUUUAAAAAACAUGAAUAUUGUAUUUAUUACUCAAGCUCUUACAACUGAUGUGCACUGAAAAAUGUGAAUUUUAUUUUCCUGUUUGUUAAUUUAUUUUGUUGUCGUGACCUGUAGUGAAUGUCAGUGAUGUGUGGUCCUGUGUCGUGCUGCUGCUGUGACCCAAUAAAACAUCUGGACAUCCAGAGAGUCAGA